UGACAAUCGGACAGUUGGGCUCGUGCCUCUGCAAAGUGCAAAGGGCGGCGAAUUUCAUUCUGAGACACAAAGAAGACUGACCUGCGCGUGAGACUCGGAAUCCUUCAGCUGCGAAAUCAUAACGUGGAGGUUGGCCAACGAGUCGGACAGCUUGGUCGCGCGCCGCUCCAGCUCGUGCUUCUUCUUCAGAGAGUUCCUCGCCUGUAAAAGAAGAGACAAAAAUGUUUCCUUGGUCUAGCGUGUCAAAGACAGCCAGGCUGGACUCAUCGCAGUACAUCGUCGCCACACGUCAACUAUGGACGGGGGCGAUAAUCUCUGACGAGUGUCAGUGUGCCGCGUGCCGUUCCCUUGCCAUGGCCACAAGUAAGCAGGUCCUCGACGAUGAAAAAACAACACCCUCUAACUUGACUGCGGGUCCACCAAUGCCAUGGUUUGGAAUGGAUAUUGGAGGCACACUUUGUAAACUCGUCUACUUUGAGCCAAAGGACAUCACACCUGAUGAGGCAGAACUGGAAGUUGAGACCCUGAGGAAUAUCCGUCGCUACCUUACGAAUAACUCGGCCUACGGAAAGGACGGUCACAGAGAUUCUCACCUGCAGAUGAACGAUGUUGUCGUUCGAGGACGGAGAGGGGCACUGCAUUUCAUUCGUUUCCCGACGAGUGCCAUGGGCAAAUUCCUCGAGUUGGCCAAAGACAAAGGGAUGGCCACCCUGGUCAGCUCUGUGUGUGCUACUGGUGGUGGUGCCUACAAAUUUGAAGAUAACUUUAGAAAGGUUUUGAAUUUAUCUCUGCACAAAUUUGACGAGCUGGACUCGUUGCUCUACGGCCUGCAGUAUGUUGAGAUGAACAGCCCCACAGAGUGCUACUACUGGGCGCACCCGACUCUCGAUGGCAAGUGCGAGAAAGUCGGCUAUGACUUCAGUCAACCAUAUCCAUUUUUGUUAGUGAAUAUUGGCUCUGGAGUGAGCAUCCUUGCCGUAUACGGACCAGGUGUCUACAAACGCAUCUCGGGAACCAGUCUGGGUGGUGGAACCUUCUUGGGGCUGUGCUGUCUGCUGACAGGGUGCAACUCCUUUGAAGAGGCCAUCGAACUUGCAUCCAAGGGUGACAACACAUCUGUCGACAAACUUGUCCGAGACAUUUACGGGGGCGACUAUGAUCGCUUUGACUUACCUGGUGACCUUGUUGCUAGCAGUUUUGGGAACAUGAAUUCUAAGGACAAGAGGCAAAUGGUCAGUAGGGAGGAUUUGGCCAGGGCAACCUUGGUUACCAUUACGAACAACAUCGGAUCAAUCACCAAAAUGUGUGCUCUGAAUGAAAAAAUUGAAAAGGUUGUGUUCGUUGGCAACUUUUUAAGGGUGAAUCCCAUCGCCAUGAAGUUGUUGGCCUAUGCUCUGGAUUACUGGUCCAAAGGUGCAUUGAAGGCCUUGUUCUUGGAGCAUGAGGGUUACUUUGGAGCAGUAGGGUGUCUAUUACAGCUGCACUGCUCUUCCAGCAGUUAAGGAGAAAGACUGUCUCAACUUUUUUGCUCCAGCCCUCUGCACAAAGAAGCAUUCCUGUGAUGAGGAUCAAGUAACCAAGCCACACACUCUUUAUCUCAUUGUCAGCACACAGUUGAUGCGCAGUUAUGCAAAAAUAUCCACAACCCUUCUAGCCAGAUGUCCCCUUAAUAUUUUUUUAUUCUGUUUAGACUUAUAUUAGCAUUUUCUAGCUGACGCAAAGGAAAUUGAAGUGCCACAAAAUAAUUUCCAAACGAUUCUUUUGUACAAAAAAGAAAUUGAUUAAAUCGUAUAUAUUAGUUAUUAAAACUUGCCUUACAUUUUUAAAUUGGUGGCAGUAAAUUAUUAUUUUGUUGUUCGUAUUCGUUGAAUUGUACGUUGAUCGCCAAGCAUUCAAAUAUUAUCAUUGUUUCAAGCCAAAUGCAUGUAUUUAUUUCGCGAAAUACAUGAAUAGACUUUUUAUAUUAAUAA